AUGCAGAGUGAGCAACAGAGCAACAACAACAACCAGUUGGUAGUGCAGAAUUCAGGGAGCCUCAGCUUCAGCAGCCAUUUGUCCAAGGAAGAUGAAGAGAUGUCCAGGUCUGCUCUCUCCACCUUCAGGGCCAAGGAGGAAGAGAUUGAAAGGAAGAAGAUGGAGGUUAGAGAAAAGGUUCAGCUUCAGUUAGGUCGUGUUGAGGAAGAAACCAAGCGUCUUGCCACCAUUCGUGAGGAGCUUGAAGCCUUGGCAGAUCCAAUGAGGAAAGAAGUUGCUCUUGUUCGGAAAAAGAUUGAUUCCGUAAACAAAGAAUUAAAGCCACUGGGUCAUGCCUGCCAGAAGAAGGAGAAAGAAUACAAAGACGCCCUUGAAGCUUUUAAUGACAAGAACAGGGAAAAAGUACAGCUAAUCACCAAGUUGAUGGAGUUGGUGAGUGAAAGUGAAAGAUUGAGGAUGAAGAAGCUGGAGGAGCUGA